AUGUCGGAGGUUGAGGUUCAACAACUUGUUGAAAUGGGUGCUACUCAUGCCCAGGCGCGCGCUGCGCUGAAACAAUAUAAAGAUGUAAUGCAGGCCGCCGAAAGGUUUUUUGAGGGCAAAUUUGAUCACAUCAAGGAUGAGGACGUAGAGAUGUCUUCUUCCAGAGCGUCUCCUGCAAGGGACAAAGUGCCGCGGCCAGCUACGCCUUCAGAUGACGAAGAUAUGGAUGACGCAGAAGACCAGGAUGAAGACGAGGACGAUGACGAUGAUGGAGGCGACUAUGUCGAUUACGACUCUGACUUUGGAGAAAUGAAUGGAAUCACUGCUACAUCAGGGGCAGGAAAUGUAGAUGUCGAUCCUUACUCUGGAAUUUUCUUCUCUAAAGAUCGUAAGGAAGAGGUCAUUGAGAUCGAUGAAAUACCAGAAACGAUAGUCAUUCAUGAGACGAACGAAUCAGUGCCUCUAGUGACGCAGGGGCAGUGGAUGAAGGGCUGUCCUGAAGGUGGUGAACAAAGUUUUUUGUUUAGUCUUUACUCUCAACUCAGCACGGAUGCCACUCCAUGCCCUCACGAUUGUGGGGCGUCAAUUUCCCGGAACAAGGGCGAUUUCUUCGCCUUACAUGCCAAUUUCACAACAUAUAUCGAUCGACUACGAAGUCGGGUGACAAAAAUUUGUCCUAGAUGUCACUCGAAAAUGUGCCUAGCUUGUGGCGAACCUGUUUCAAUCGAUCAUGAAAAACAUGCUGCUAGUCGCGAAGACCCCCUUUUUCACUGUUCGAAUCUCCAGGGUGUUAUACUGGGAGUCGGCUUAAUAAUGCUUGACCAACUCUAUAGCCAGCAAGUUUUGGAUUCAGAUGAUCUAGGCGUCCGAACAGCCAAAAAACGCAAACCUGACGGGAGCAAUGUCGAUGGAGAUGAUGAGGAUAGCAUGUACUAUGGCCCUGGGAAGAAAGCAAAAAGUAGCAGUGGUAUUGGCUAUGACGGCGACGCUACCGAAGAUAAUACCGGACAAUUGAAGGCCUUGGCUAAUCAACGCUCGAAGGACGAAAAGAUUUCGAAAUUGAUGAGUUCCAUACGUGUCUACCUACCUAAUCUCAAUCGCGAGGGUGGUGGGAGAACGAGCGAUUACUUGGUCCACCCAACUGCUUUAGCUCACCUUCGCAGACGCUUCAACCACAUUUGUAGCAGCCUUCUUCGGAAUGAUUCGUUAGCAGACAUGUCCGACCGAUCAGUACUCUACUUUGAGCUACUUGAAUGGUUAGAGACCGUCUCCAAUCAUGAAGCUCUGGCUAGCAUGAUGGCGAUGCCAAUCAUGGUGGUCGCAUCAGUGAAGUCUGUUGUUGCCAAAAACAAUCAAGCGCGAGAAAGGACUAUCGUAUAUGAAGGAAGUUCAGGUCCUAGGGAGCUUCUUGAGGGUAUUGCCAUACAAGCCCGGGCAGCGUUAAAAGGAUUAGAAGGAAAUAAAGUAGUGGAGCCCACCCCGGAAGAGCUUACAGAGGAACAGAAGCGUAUGACGGUUGAUGCGAAGGAAAAAGCUGAGGAAGAAAUUACGAGCAUAACCUCCGAUGAGAACAUGAAGCUCCUUCGUUUCUGCCGACGUAUACUCGCGACUGUCUCAGCCAUCGAUCGCUCGCUACGGGAUACCAAGGGAGAUGCCUUCGUCGAGCGUUUGCACGCUUCGCUUCCGAAUAUUUCAUCGUCUGCCGACGUUACUCAAUACCGUGUUGAGGCUGGCGCAUCACAAGAUGCAAUUGAACACGCUUAUUCAGAAUGGGCGACUCGAGUGAGAUUUGAGUACUGUGAUUUGACUGUGCCUACCGCGGGACAGGACGACGACGUUACACCGCAUUAUAAAUUCUUCUAUGAUAAUGAAGCUCGAAUGUUAGCAAAUUCCGAUAUUCCCAAGAGGUCGUUGGCCAUCGCCAAAGAACUGGCGAUCUUGACGACCAACUUACCUGUCAGUUGGGGUUCUUCCAUAUUUUUGAGGGUCGACGAAACACGGGUCGAUGUCAUCAAAGCACUGAUCACAGGGCCAGAAGGGACCCCGUAUCAUAACGGAUGUUAUUUAUUCGAUAUUUUCUUAGGACCGAGUUACAACCAAUCACCUCCUAACGUAAAAUACAUGACUACGAACGGCGGGAAGUACCGUUUCAACCCAAAUUUGUACGCUGACGGUAAAGUAUGUCUCUCGUUACUUGGCACUUGGCAAGGCCCUGGUUGGGUUUCUGGCAAAUCUACCUUACUACAAGUUCUCAUUUCAAUACAAUCCAUGAUUUUAUGCGAUGAACCAUAUCUUAAUGAGCCAGGUUGGGCCACAGGCUCUGGCACCCCGGCGUCACAAGCAUAUUCUGCCAAUGUGAGACGCAUGGUCGUGCGGACUGCAAUGCUCGGAAACCUCAAAAAUCCCCCUGAACCAUUUGCCGAAGUCAUACAAACACAUUUCCGGUUGAAAGCUAAUUCUAUCAUUGCUCAACUGGACGAGUGGUUGAGUAAGGAUGAUGGCAAAUCGACAGCGCCAGACGGGGCCGCUUACUCAGGAGUUACUAUCAACAAAGCUGACAGCUCGGGCAGCUCUAAUGGGUUUGCAAAGGACAUUGAAGAGUUGAAGGGCCUCCUGAAGUCUCUGGGUGAUUAG